AACACCUAAGGAAAAGGUUGGGAAUGAAAAGAAUCAAAAGGAUGUAUCCAAUAGUACAGAGAACUCCAUCAUAGCGGAUGAAGAGAUGGAGAUAGCAGAACUAAGAAGAUUGCUUAAGGAAAGAAAAAAAGCAACUGAAAGAGAUCCCCAUGGUGAGGCUGAAAGGAGUGGGGAAGGAAGCGGACCUGGGGUUGCUAACUCCGCGCACUCCCAUUCUGCCCUGUGACGUUCAGAACUUCAUCCUCGUCUCACAGUUAGGGCACGACUGUCCCCGUUUCCCUAGAUGGGCGGAGUUGAAGAAGUUCAAUCGGGUCAACAAGACGGUGGUCCUUGUAGUGGAAGGGGCCUCAGCCUACGAUCUGUACAGCCAGGAGUCAGCUUGUCCGACGCUCUCCAAGAUGGAGCUAAGAGCUGAGAUGGUGUCACCGUACUCGUACAACUCGAGUAUUGUUGAGGAGCUCUGCGCUGUUGCCAUCACCCGCCAACAAAAGAAGAACCUGGAGAAAAAGUUUGGGAAAGAGAUUUGUCCCGAGGCUUUGGUAACUGAUCGAAUCAUCAAAGUUCUGCGGUCUGCUUUCUCCAUCACAUCAGUUCCAAGAACGCAAACUGAAGAUGUAGAGCAACGGAUUAGUGUCCCAUCCACGGAUCGGUUCCCACGCACAGAUCUGUUGCUGUCUGCGUUACAGCUGAUAGAAGAGGGUUAUCCGCUGCCUUACAGCAAGGAGCUGGGGGACAGGUAUCCAGACUAUGUGAUGACAAAGGAUGAGUACACGGAGGUGACGCCAAGCUCUCCAAUGUGGGCACUGGAUUGUGAGAUGUGCCUGACAAGAGCUGGCAAUGAGCUGACGCGGGUCUCUGUGGUCGAUGAGAAUCACAAGACCGUGUACGAGUCGUUAUGUCUGCCUCCCAACCCCAUCAUCAACUAUCUGACAGAGUACUCUGGUAUCACACCUGAGACGUUAAAGGGAGUCACAACCAGAUUAGAAGACAUUCAAAAGGACUUGCGUGCCUUGUUUCCGUCUGAUGUCAUCUUAGUAGGACAGUCGCUUGGAGGUGAUUUGCACGCUUUGAAGAUGAUGCACCCGUAUGUGAUCGAUACCAGCGUGAUCUUCAAUCUCACAGGCAACCGCAGGUUCAAGAGCAAGCUGGCUCGGCUGUCCAUGGAGUUCCUGAAUGAGGAAAUUCAGCAUAGAGGUGCGGAGGGGCACGACUCUGUGGAGGACAGUCUGGCGGCUCUGAAACUGGUCCAGCUGAAACUAACCAAGAGUAUAGAGUAUGGAGACGCUGUGCUGUCAGGGCUGAGAGAUGACACUAAUACGUCUAACACGAGCAAUGCUGCCAACGGAACAACCGCUGUGUACCAGGAGCACAAUGCUGAGGAGUUUGAUGACCUCAAGCUGGAAGUGGGGCCGAUGAUGGCAACCAGCUUGUUUAAGCACAUCACCAUGGGGAAACGGGCAGUUGCAGUUAUUGCACCAGAAGAGAAACUUGCUGAGUAUUCAACGUUCGUGGCAGCAGCACACCGUGAAAACAAGAACCUAGUGAGGACGGAAACAACCAAUAGCAAUACAGAAACCAUUGACAUUGCCUGUCGUCAGUGUAAGAGCAGCAAUUUCACGUUGGCACAUGUCAUUUUGGGUGAUGACGAAGACAUUACUGCGGUUGACACUUGGUUAAAGCGGAUCCACGACAGUCCACCUUUCAACUCGUUGUUUAUCGUAGUGUUGGCCGGCUCGCACAAGAGUUUCGCCAACGGAGCUUGCUUGGCCACAGUCAAGAAACCCAACUUGAGGCUCAAACCUCGCAAGGCAGAUUAACAUCUCAAACAAUCAAUUUAAAGUUUGAAAUUUGUUAUGUACUUUUGUAUAUUAUAUUAUGUUUUAUACAUAACAUGUAUUUGUUUUUAUAAUGAUGACAAAAUGUGUUCAUUAUUUGGACAAAUAUUA